UUGUUGCAGGCCCAGUUGGGUAACGUCUUUCUUGCUUCCCAAGACGAAAACCCAAAUCCAACACGCACAAAAAGCCCGGAUUCGCCACAACCACAAAGCCAAACCCGUCUCCGCCAGCCAGCCAGAGAGCGAUUCGCCGCCGCCGCCGCCGCCGCCGGCGUCAAGCCUCCAGGGAGCGAGCCCCUCCGUCCACAAGACAGCCUCGCACCACCGGCCCCCGUCCCGCGCUCCCUCACGGGCACCGCGUCUCCCGCGAGAACCGCGCCCGCCUAGCUAGCCAGGGUGUCCGCCACCGCCGGAGAGAGGAAGGGGAGGACCAGAACCAGAGCGCGAUGGCCGGACGGCUCCUCGGGCAACUCCUCGUCAUGGGCGGCGCCGUCGUCGGCAGGGCCGUGGUGCAGGCCUACCGCCAGGCCAUCGUCAAUGCACAGAGAACCGGAGCUGCACAGGAAGCUGUGAACGGUAUUCGAAGGGCUAGCAAGGCCAUGACUGAGCAAGAAGCCCGGCAAAUAUUGGGUAUCAGUGAAAAGACGAGUUGGGAAGAGAUCGUGCAGAAGUAUGAUACGAUGUUUGAGAAGAACGCCAAGAGUGGAAGCUUCUAUCUCCAGUCGAAAGUACACCGGGCCAAAGAAUGUCUGGAGUCUAUACACCAUGAUAAGCCUGACAUAAUGAACUGAGAUGGCCAGUGUUUUGUCCAAUCUAUUGAUUUUGUCAUUGAUGUUCUGUCCAUGCUAUGCUGGGUUGCUGCAUCAGGUCAAAUUGGUUGUAACAGGGAGCUUGUUCCACUUUGACUCGAAUAAUAUAUAUUUAACAAAAGGAACAUCGUCUGAUUUGUUUUUUCAGAGGCGGUGCCUCGUUUCCUUGCAAAUUCAGAUGUUGAGACCUUUGUGUUGUUGGGAUCAUCGGUAAUGUUUGAUUCUUGUA